AGCAGGGAAGAGGUCGGACUGGGACGGACGAGCAGCGACGCCACGCAGUCGCUAUGGGGAUCUCGGGGCUGCUGCCGGUGCUCAAGAGCAUCACCGAGACCAAGUCCAUCGAGCAGUACAGGGGCCGUACGCUCGCCAUCGACGGCUACUGCUGGCUCCACCGCGCCAUCUACUCGUGCAGCCAGGAGAUCUGUCUCGGCCAGGAGACGGACAAAUAUGUAACGUACUUCAUGGAUCGGAUCACGACGCUGCUCCACAACGGCGUGACGCCUUACGUUGUGUUCGACGGAGGCCCUCUCCCUAUGAAGAAAGGCACGGAGGAAGAGCGACGCAAGGCUCGACAGAAGAACAGAGAGUUGGGUGUCCAGCACUACAACAACAAACGCUUCAGUGAGGCCCGCAAGUGCUUUAUUCGAGCCGCAGACGUGUCGCCGUACAUGGCUCAUCGAGUCAUCCAGCACCUUAAGGCGCACAAUGUGCAGUACGUAGUGGCCCCGUACGGGGCAGACGCUCAGCUGGCCUACCUGGUGAAGAAUGGACUUGCGGACGG